AUGCCUUCAAUUUCAAUGGUUGAAUACAGCCGCAUGAAGGCUCAAGUCACGGACUGAAUCACAUCAAAUCCCAUGUGCCUCCAAGUCAAGUCACGGAGUAUUAAUUUGCUGACACCGCUGCCGAAACAUUCCGCCAGCUCCACUCGAGGAUCCUUUGCUUCUUGACCCUCAUGAAGCACACCAUUCCUAAAUGGAUUUGAUCUUGUCUAAAGUUGUCAAGCAAAAUAGAUGCAACUAAGAAGUUAAAACACAAAGCAAAUCUUCUCAGCAAGGUAGACUACAAAACUGCCAUAUAUGUUUGCAUGGUAAACCAAACAGCAAAUAUAGGACUCUAACAGGAUAGCAAAGCAACCAGUGAAAGCACAACCACAUAAGCGUAUACCACCAAUGACACUUCAAGAGAAACAGGAAGACGCUUAUGCAGUUUCCUCGAUACCAUCCUCCAGUUACUCACUCUGUCCACUCAUUUCAUAAAAUUGGAUGAUUCCACAAGGACCAGAAAGUCGCAAAGGCCCCCAUAAUGUACUACUCCAAUUAAUAGCCAAUAGCAGCAUUAUAAAGGUACGAAGCAGGUGAUACCCCCAAAAAAAAAAAAAACAUGGACGUUGCUUGUGGUGGGUCUGUCUGUCUUGGCAUUUUCUGAAACAAAUAUGGAAGGAGCGACCAGCAAUUCUCCAGCAGUUCUGGUAAAGGCGCCCAUCAGAGUUGCAGCUAUCUGUGGCUCCCUCCGUAAGGGCUCUUGCAAUCGAGGCCUCAUCCGUGCAGCCAUCGAGAUAUCCAGCAAGUCAAUAGACGGCAUGAUCAUAGAGUAUACAGACAUAUCAUCCUUACCAUUCUUGAAUACAGAUUUAGAAGUUGAUGGGACUUAUCCCCCAGAAGUUGAGGCUUUUCGGGAUAAGAUCCGCCGAGCAGAUGGUAUUCUUUUUGCUUCCCCGGAGUACAAUUAUUCGGUGUCCGGACCCCUGAAAAAUGCUAUCGACUGGGGAUCGAGACCCCCCAAUGUUUGGGCUGAUAAGGCUGCUGCACUUGUGAGUGCUGCAGGAGGUUCUGGUGGGAAUAGACAACAAUAUCACAUCCGUCAGAUUGGAGUUUUUCUUGAUCUUCACUUCAUCAAUAAGCCUGAGUUUUUCCUCCGGAGGCCUUUAGCCCCGCCCCAGAAGUGUGAUAGGGAUGGUAACUUGAUCGAUGAGGAAAUCAGAGAGAAAUUGAAGGAGGUUCUUUUGUCUUUGUAUGCAUUUACCUUGAGACUCCAGGGCAAGUCGAAAUGAUACAUAUAUACUAGUAUUUGGAAAAAUUGCCAAGUUCUUGCAAAAUGCUUCUGAAAUUGCAAACCAGAAUUCCAUCCUUAGGUUGUUGUAAUUAGGUAUCCUUCUUGGACAGAAACAAAGCGUAUCUUAUCCACUGUUGCGAUUGUUAAUGAAUCCAAUAAACUUUACGAUCUUUGUAGUA